AUGAAGAUUCCUGCCCAGAACGUCGAAGAGACCGCAGCUCGCGCGCCCUUCACUUCGCGCUGUCUCUCUUCUUUUCGAGAUUCGUCGUUCGUUUCUCCGCGAACUUCCUCAGCUCCUUCUCCACCACCUCCAAGUUCCUCCUCGACGUCUGCGUACGACGACACCCCCUUCUUGCCGCGUCGCGUUCUGGUGACAGUGGGGACGACGUCGUUCGACGCGCUGAUCGAUGCGGUGCUUGACCCAGCUUUUCUCUUGCUUCUUCUCUCUCGCGGCUGCCGGCGCCUUGUUCUCCAGUUUGGCAGAGGAAAAAGUCCAGCUCUUUCCUUUCCCCGUCGCGCGCGCUUCUCUGCCGAUGCCCGAGCACUUGGAUCUUUCACGAACGCGAGCUCCCCGUCACCGCGACUUCUCUCCCGCGAGCGGACUGAGGCCCUAGAGAGCCGUCUGCCUGCAGCUGCUUGUCUCUGCGAAGGCGCAGCCGAGAACUCCUGCCAGGAAAGAAGCGCAGACGCACAUGAACAAACAGAACAGGGCCGAGAGGAAGCAAGCACGCACCAACGGAGCGAAGGAGGAGAGGAAGACGACUCGCAAGGAGAGCGUGAGGUUGUUGGAGAAACGAGGUCGUCUGUAGAGGAACUCGGCGGCUGCCAAGAAACGGAAGGGUAUGUCUCUCGUGGUGCUUUCUCCGCCGCACCCGGGUCCCAGACGGAGCCCUCGUCUUUGGAGUCCCAAGAUUGCGGAGCGUUUCGAGUGUCUCUGUCCGACCUUCUCUCUCUUCUCUCAGAGAGUCCAGGCCAGAACGCAAGCGCGUUUCUCCCGGCGGCUUCCGCGUCGGUUCCCUCGUCUGAUGUCUCGCCGCGAGGCUCCUCGCCCUCGCUCUUGAUCUCGUUCUUCCGGUUUGUGCCAUCUCUGGAGGCAGAAGUGAAAGCCGCCAAUCUCGUGCUUUCUCACUGCGGAGCUGGGACUGUGUUCCAAACUCUGCGCAUGCGCAAGCGCCUCGUCGCCGUUGUCAACACCUCUCUGAUGAGCAACCACCAACUCGAGUUGGGUCGCGAGCUCCAGCGAAGGUGCCACUGUCUCCUUGUCUCUUGUCUCGGGCCGGAACCUCACAGGCCUCACGGGCACCCAGGGCCUGGGGCGCCACCGAGCCGGGAGCACCCAGAGAAGUCCCCAUCGCCUGCGUCGGGCGCCGGAACCUCCGGCAGGGCGGGGCAGCAGAGGCGAGGAGAGGAGGAGACAGAAGAGUUCCCGCAAGAGCUUCACACGCGAGUCAAGCAGAUCUGCCAAGCUGUCUGGUCCUCGACUCCUGCAGUUUCUCUGACUUCUGCAAACUCAACAGAUGCGUCAUUGUCGGCUGUGGAACAUAAACAUUCAAAGCGACUGGCCGCCGGCCCCCCCCGCACGAUCUUCAGGAGUCUCCUGGGCAUGUUGAGGGCACUGAGGAGUCAAGGCGACAGAGAAGAAGGAGAAGAAGAAGAAAGGACAGAAAACGAACGGAGAGAAGACGCGACCGCCGCAGCUGCGGAUGCCGUGAGGAGAGGGGAAGUGCGGUAUGGAGACGGGGACAGCUCCGACAGGCAGCAGGAGCCCUGUGGAGCGCAGGAGUCGGUCGUCCUUGUUCCUCUUCCGCCUGCAGAUUUAAGUGGCUUCUACGAGGCAGUUCGCGACACUGUGGGGUUGCACCCUGUGUAUGGGGACAGCGAGGAGACAGUGAACGUCGAGGAAGAGUGA